AUGUCGUUUGGAGAGAGCGCGGCUGUCUUCAAGGCGCGAGCCAAAGACAUUGGAGUUUCAGAUGAGAGCUUCACGAAGCUUGAGGCGGAGGGGCUGACAACGAUGGCAACUUUCGCCUUCUGUUGUCAUUUCAACCCGUCUGCGACAGACGAGAAGCCUCUGACCGACCUGGUGACCAAGGUUCUCGGUGCUGCGCCUUCCCUUAAGGAGACGAGUUGCUUUCGGCGUCUGUUCGCCGAGGCAUACGCAACUGUUGCAUCCGACAUUCGAGCUCAAGUGGAAGCAACGGAGGAUUCAUCGAUCAAGAAAUUAGCUCCGGCCGACAGGGCUGAGCGUUUGCGGGAGCAACAGGCCAGGCUCAAAGGUCUUGACUUGAGGGGCAACAUGGAGCCAGGCGAUUCCUUGAUAGAUCGUGCUGUGGCGAUCUACGAAUCUGACAGACUCCAAUAUGUGGAGUGGCAGCAUUCUGUCAGCAGGCAGCAUGAGCUUCUUACCGGGCUCAAGAAGGAUGCGAACAUCAUGGCAUACCAUUUGCAUGAUGAGUUGCUUGAGAAGUACAUGUCGUUCAGGCUUACCGACCCUCCUCCGAAUCAUGCACGGGUGAGCUUGAAACAGAUUGAGCAAGCUGACCGACAAUUUACCUUGUUGCUCGCGGAACACACUCGCAGCGGCAUCAAGGUGAAGGCGGGAGGAUCGCGGCCAUGCGAUGUUGCAUUCCGCAAAGUGUUCGAGAGCACUGAGUUCCUCUCGAUGCUAACCCCGAGGCCUCUUGCAGCGGGAUCAGGAGCUAGCCGUGACGCUUCCUCAGGUGAUGAGCCCCCGAUCAAGCGCCAUAAGGGCAAUGGCAAGGGCCUGGGUCGUGGGCGCGGGGGUAAGGGCGCCGGCAAAGGAUCCACCAAUGCCAGGGUCCCGGCAGAGCUCCUCGCACUCGGGUGCGUGGCCGCCACGCCUAAAGGUGUGAAAGGGGAUUGCAUUUGUGUGCAGUCAAAGGAUGCCACAGAGGGCACCCAGCCAAGGAAUGCCCUGCGAAAAAGGCGGGGUCACAGCAGUUCGCAGCAACACACGCCGCAUGCCGGCGGUGGCAAAGACUCCUUCAACAGCAGCGUGCCUAACGUCGUUGUCCCACUAUCCUCCUUCGCUGGAGGACACAUCUUCGUCGUGCAUCCUGAGGGCCCAGACCAAACAACCUACGAAGAUGUGCCGUGGCAGGACCUUAUGGACGGAGAUCCGGAGGUUGAUUGGGGCGACGGCCAGUCAAGUGUGUCCGACCUGCCUGAAUCAGGGAUGCCUCAGGAAAUCGUCCCAGCAGGGCCUUCAUCGAGCGAUUUGCAUGCAGCUUCCUUAGACGAGUGGUUCGCUGAAGUUGCUCUUGAUGACCACGUCUCUGCAAGCAGCGUCGUGGAGCCAGCAAUAGUUGCCAAGGAUAGUGGUGUUCCGAGUGUUGCAGCGACCGCCGUCUUGUCAUCUAGGGAGUAUGCUGCUCGUCUACGGAGCUCCCACCUGAGCUUGCAAGAUGCCACACCGAAGUUCUUUUGGGAGCAGGGGUUUUGGUCCGACUUCUUCGGUCCUGCCUCAGUGCCGGAAACCAUCAUGCCGAGAUUCAAGGACAGGCGGCCAGACCCUUAUCACUUGCCUUCGUCAGAGCCUGUUGAGCUGGGUCAGUCGCAAUCUUCAAAGAAAGCACGUCGAGAGUUCGCAGCAGUCUUCCAGAAAGUUGUGGUUCAGCGACAGGUGAUUUCUUGGAGGGAUGCUCGUGAGGCCUCCUUUGAAACGGCCAUUGUGAAAUGGGUUGCUCUGUUUGGGUCUUGGGAUUCUAAUAGGGAUGAGUCGCUGGAUGGCUUUGCACAAUUGUCGGAGCUUGAACAGAGGAACGUCAUCGAUGACAGCAUUGCACGCAAAGCGCCAUCAACUGCCUUGAAAAGAGCAAACUCGCUGAUCAAACUCACGAAGUUGGCCGGAGCCGCAAACAUUGUCAUGCCUGCUUCCGAAGGCGAGAUCUAUAUCAUUUUGACCGAUGCCAAGUCGGGAGGGGCCCCAUUAUCCCAGCUGCGGGGGUUCAUGGAAGCCAUUACCUUCUCGCGACAUGUCUUCGAAAUCAGGUGCCUUCAUCUAGUCAGUGUCAGCAAAAGAUGUUGGGGUGUCACUGUUGCCAGGGUUGCAACUCCUGCAAGACAGGCUGACCCCCUGCGGGUCAAGGACCUCAAGGAGCUUCAUAGGGUGUUGGAUGAGGCGCCAGACCCCUGGGACCGUUGCUUCGCAGGCAGCGCGCUGUUUUGCGCGUACGGCCGUUGCCGAUGGUCUGACUCGCACUUGGAUGAUAUCGAACUUGAAUAUGAAGAGGGCCCUGAUUCUCCCCUUGCAUACGUAGGAGGUGUCAUCGACAUUCACAAAACAAUGAACCUGCAGGGUCAGCAGCCCCGAGUUCUUGAAAUCAUUGCACCAGCGCAAGGAAUCUAUGAAGGUGACUGGGCCCUGAAGUGGCUCGCUGCACGUGCGGAGGUAGGCUGUGCCUGGUCGCAGGGCCACCCGACCAUGCCUGCACCCAAUCAUCUGGGUGAGCCUACUGUCAGGGCUCUGGGCAGUGACGAGUGUGGUGCCUGGCUCAGGGCACUCUUGCCGACGAGGCUGGACAUGAGAACAACUUCGCACUCUCUGAAGGCAACGUUCUUGAGUUAUUGUGCAAAGAGGGGCAUGAGCCAUCUUGACAGACUUGCGCUGGGAGGGCACUCCCAUGGAGCGAAGAGUGCUGAUACCUAUGCGAGGGAUGCCCUUGCUCGCCCGUUAAGGUUGCUUCAAGGUGUCAUCAGAGAGAUCAGUAUGGGCGUCUUCAUUCCGGAUGCCAACCGUGCUGGCAGGCUAAUCGUCAGUGCUGAGACUUCAGAGCUUGCACAGGAGCUGGGCCAUGAAGUCCCGAGAGUUUCGCCACUGCCUUUGAAGACCGCAGGGCCUCUUCCUGCCCGGCCCAAAGACGAGGUCGUGUCGUUGAGUUCGUUUGAGCCUUCUCCAUCACAGCACGCCGAGCCCGCUUCUGAGUCCCAUGAGUGCGAGGGAGAUGUGUCAGAGGCCGAUGAUGGAGAUUCGAGCCGUAAAUCAAGCUCAAAAUCGUCUGUCGAGGGCACCACAAGCUCAGAUUCUGAUGCAAGCUCAAGCUCUGAAGAGGAGAGCCCAGGACCCAGGAUGCCUCAGUUCGUCCCGCGCCUGCCAGAGCCUCCUGAAGGUUUCCGGUUUGUGCAACACGCAAAGUUGAAGACCUUGCAUUAUGUCAUGCAGGGUCACUUGAACUUCACCGUUUGCGGGAGGCGCAUUACAGACUCGCUCACAGGAUCCUUAUCACUCAAGUGGGACAGCCCGGUCUGUCGAAAUUGCAAGAAGUCCGUAGGACCACUGAAGUAG